UGCUCUGGCCAGCUGGACAUCAUGCGCCUGCUACUGGAGGCUGGUGCCGACCCCAACGUCGCCAUGAUGAAUGCGGUGAGGGAGGGCAAGAAGGCGGCGGUGCGGAUACUGCUCUCACACGGCGCCAACCCCAACGCCACGGACUCCCACGGACAGACCUCCCUGUACGACGCGGCGCGCUCUGGCCGGCUGGACAUCAUGCGCCUGCUACUGGAGGCCGGUGCCGACCCCAACGUCGCCCAGAAGAUGAGCGGAGAGACUCCGCUGGUGAGGGCGGCGUGGGUGGGCAAGAAGGCGAUGGUACGGAUGCUGCUCUCACACGGCGCCAACCCCAACGCCGCGGACUCGUACGGAGACACCUCCCUGAACUACGCGGCUUGCUUUGGCCUGCUGGACAUCAUGCGCCUGCUACUGGAGGCCGGUGCGGUUCCAAACGCCGCGGACUCGUACGGACGGACCUCCCUGCUCAUCGCGGUUCGCUUUGGCGAGCUGGACAUCAUGCGUAUGCUACUAGAAGCCGGCGCAGAUCCAAACGUCGCCGAGACGGAAGAAAGGGGGAGUUUCACCGCGUUACACCUCUCCUGUGUUCGACUUCAAACCGAGAUUAUUACUCACCUCUUGAAACACGGAGCUGACCCGAACCUCGUCGAUCGUAACAAGAGGACGCCGCUCGCUAUAAUAGGCAGCGAGGUGGAGGUGAGAAUCUCCAGAGAGAGCUGGCGAGCAGAACAAGCGGAGUCGGUGGUACAAGCGGCUUCAGCUCUCCUACAGACGUGCGAGUCCGCCGGCGUACUUCUACAGGUUAACACGCGCGACAGUGAGGGCGACACCCCGCUGCACAGCUUCUGUAGGAUGAUGCUUGCAUGGAAAGACGAUGUUUACGCGCGAGAGAGGGAAGGGUGCUUGCAGAUAGUGCACGCGCUGGUGUUCAACCACGGCGCACACGUCGACGUGGUGAACGCACGGGGAGAGACUCCGUACAAACUCUGGUGCCGGACGAGUUUCCACGGCAACGGGGAGUUGAGCGACGUGAUACACCGCAGAAUGAGAGCGCAGUAUCAUUCGCUAAAGUGUCACUGCGCGCGCGUUAUCAUCAGACACAGCGUUGCAUACGAGAACAGGCUGCCUCCGAGUCUCAUAGAAUUUGUCGGGGCACACGCUAGACCGACACAACGUAGGCGACACUAAGCGUGUUAACCGAGGAAGCCCAUGUAGGAUCGGAGAUAUGCGAUAACCCAAAAGAUAUUAUCAAUACUUAGUAGAUCUAUGUUCUAAUUGUUGCACGUGUUGGCAGACAUUGCAAUGUAAAAUCGAGUAUAUGUAGUAACACUAU